UCCCACAACGAACUACGUCCACAACAUAACUUCGACCGGCCCCGGAAAAUAAAUAAAACAAGGAAGUUACGUAUCGCUUCCGGUAGUCCGCGCACAUAUUUGUUUACGGUAACAGCAGAAAUGUCAACAAUGUAAAAUCAGCCGAUAUGGAGAUUAGAAAGCCCAAAGUGGAUGUCAGGGGUCCAUACAGGUCCUAUGAUGUUGAAAGAUUGACUGAGGCCUAUAUUGCUGUCAAGGAAAAUGCAAUGAGUAUUAGGAAAGCAAGUGCUCUUUAUGGUGUGCCCAAAACUACAUUAAUUGACAGGCUAAGUGGUAAAGUUCAUGUUGACUGUGUAACCACAGGAGCUCCAACAUUAUUCGCUCAAGAACAAGAGGCCUUGUUAGCAAGGCAUAUACAGACUAUGGCUGAGGUAGGCUAUGGUUACAGCAGACAAGAAACUAUUAACUUGGCAUCUGACUUUGCUGUCAGCUUAGGGUUAAGGGACAGAAAUCAUCCAUUAACUGAUAGGUGGUUAUAUCAGUUUAUUCGUAGGUGGCCAGAACUGAACAUUAAGAAGCCAAGGAGUUUAGACAUGGCUAGAGCCAGAAGUGCAACAAGGGAGGCUAUUGACUGUUAUUUUGAUGCACUUAACAACAUAAUGGUGAAGUACCAUCUAGUGGCUAAACCCCAUUUAAUGUAUAAUGUAGAUGAGAAGGGACUGAACUCAGAGCAUAAGCCACCAAAGAUUGUGUCUGGAAAACACCACAAAGUUCAGGCAGUAACAUCAGGCAGGUCUAAAACAGUUACAGUAAUAGGAUGUGUAAAUGCUGUAGGGCAACAGGUUCCACCUUAUUUUGUCUUUCCUGGUGCACGAAUGAUAGAUUCUCUAAUGGAAGGGGCAACACCUGGGUCUAGUGCAACUGUUACACAGUCUGGCUGGUCAAAUACGGAAGUAUUCUCUACAUACAUGAAAGACCAUCUCUUGAAAUACUUACCUCCAAGAUCUCCUGAAGAACCAGUUCUGGUAUUAUAUGAUGGACAUAAGAGCCAUGUUGCUUUAGAUUUAAUUCAGUGGGCUAAGGCAGAAAAUAUCAUCUUGUUUGUGUUACCUCCCCAUUGCAGCCACCUCCUUCAACCUCUUGAUGUCAGCUGCUUUGGGCCUUUUGAAAUAGCAUGGAAUGCAGCCUGUCAUCGUCACAUGAGAGAAUCUGGUGGAAGUAUUGUUACCAGGUAUGAUGUUGCCCGUCUUGCUUGUAAAAUCUAUGCAUCUACUUUGACACCAAGCAAUAUACAAUCGGCAUUUAAGCGAUGUGGUGUUUUCCCAUUCAAUAGAAAUGCUGUAUCAGAUUUACAGGUGGCACCGUCAACUACAUUUGAUAGGGAUCAAUCUGGUCAAGAUGAAAGAUUGAAAAGUGGCAAUGUUGGGUCUAGCGGUAUGUCUGAUGCUGAGCAUUUCCUGGAGAAACGAGGAGGACAAAUUCUUGAAAAUGUGCAGAAGGCCAAAACAAAGAGAAAUACACUAAGUAAAAUUGUUGGUGGAAAACCAAUAACUGAAGAUAACAUUGUUGAACAAAUCAUUGCCCAUAAUGAGAAAUAUGACCCAAAGCAAAAAAGCAAACAAAUUACCAAAAACAAAGCUAAAAGUUCAAAUAAGAAAUCCCCCAAACCUGGAACAUCUGGAGCUUCAGUUAACAAAAAAAGAAAAGUUAAUCCUCCUAUUGAAAAUAGUUGUGAAAGCUCAGAUGAAGAAAAUGUUGAAGAAAAUGAGAAGUGCAUUGUAUGCAAAAAUUUCAGCCCAGACAUAAGUAAGCGGCCAUAUGUGAUAAUUGUGAAUUGGGGACAGUGUGAGAAAUGUUCAGGUUGGGUUCACCUGUCAUUUUGUACACCUGUCAAGGCCAUCAGGCGGGGAGACAACUUUUUGUGUCCCUCCUGUAGUGAAAUGUAACUGUAGACUAACUAUAACCAUGUAAAUACGUUUUGUUGACAGUUAAUUAUAAUUCAAAACAGUUUGUUUAAAAAGUUUUAUAAAGUUUUUAAAAUGACAGUUAAUAUGGACACAAACUUUUUUCCUGAAAUAUACUAUUACACCCAGUAAAAGGUCAAGGUCAAAGUGGUCGAAGUUCGGUUGGAUAAAGUCCGAGUAACACAUGUGAGGGAGCUUCCAUUUUAUUUGAAAUGUAAACAUUAUCAGUGCAGGUAGGAAUUAUAUACUAUUUCAGUUAUUACAGGUUUGAAUAUGUUUUUUAAAUUAUGCAUUAAAAUUAAAUAUAUUUUUCUUAAUAAAAAAAACCUAAAACCGGAAGUGUGGUAAAGUGGACGAAGUUCGGUUGUACCGGGA